AUGAGAGCGAAAAUUGCAACCGACAAAGUGGAGUGGGACGACAGAGAUGUCCAAGCAACUAACUAUAUUUAUAGUGUAAUAACCAACAAGCAGUUGGAAUAUAUAAGCGAUCUUGAUUCAGCCUACGAAACAAUACAGAAAUUCGACGAGAUGUAUUUAAAAAAAUCAACAGCAUUGCAAAUAGUAUGUCGACAUAACCUCGAAAGUGUCAAAUUGAAAAAUUAUUCUGAAGUGUCUCUAUUUUUCGAUGACUUUAAAAAAUCUGUAAAUGAGUUAAAACAAGCAGGUGCAACGAUAUCAGAAACAGAAAAACUAAAUUAUAUGUUAAAAGCACUCCCAGUAAGUUACAGCUACAUAGGUGAUUUAAUUGAUGUCUUGCCAGAGGGUGAAAGAACAGUUGACUAUUUAAAAAGUAAAAUAAAAUUGAAAAAUACGGAAAAUGUGAGUGAAACGUUAAAUGAUACAUCAAAUGCUUUUAAAGCAGAUGCCAAGCCAUCAUAUAAUUGUUUUAGUUGUGGAAAACCUGGCCAUCUGAGAAGAGACUGUAAAUCAGGAAAUGUAAACCGUGAUCGAGGACGUGGUUUCUCUGGUUAUAGAGGACGUGGUUUCUCUGGUUAUCGAGGACGUGGUUCAUAUAAUAACAGAGGACGAGGCUCAGGAAAUUAUCACCAUAAUAAUCAAGAGAGUCACGGAAACAGUUUUCAUACUACUAUUGCAAAUAAUACUUACACAACGAGUGAGAAUGAUAAGACAAAGAAAGGUCAAAUAAAUUUGUUACUAGACAGCAUUGUGCAUCCAGCACAGACCAUAUUAUUAAUACUGAUGAGUACUUCAAUUCCUGUGAGAUAUUAA